AUGGCAACCCAUGUGCCACUAAACACCUCUGCCAAGAUGCCCCUCGUGGGGCUGGGCACCUGGAAGUCUGCAGCUGGGCAGGUAAAAGCUGCAGUGAUGGCUGCCAUCGAUGCCGGGUACCGCCACUUCGACUGUGCCUACGUGUACCAGAAUGAGAGUGAGAUUGGGGAAGGGAUCCAGCAGAAAAUCAAGGAAGGGGUUGUGAAAAGAGAAGAUCUCUUCAUUGUCAGCAAGCUGUGGUGCACCUUUCACGAGAAGCCGCUGGUGAAGGGAGCCUGCCAGAAGAGUCUUGCAGACCUGAAGCUGGCUUACCUGGAUCUCUACCUCAUCCACUGGCCUUUUGGCUACAAGGCUGGAGAGGAAUUGUUUCCCAAAGAUGACAAAGGCAUGGCCAUACCCAGCAACAGCGAUCUUCUACAGACGUGGGAGGCCAUGGAGGAGCUGGUGGACUGUGGACUGGUAAAAGCCAUUGGAUUCUCCAACUUCAACCAUGAGCAGAUUGAAAGAAUCUUGAACAAGCCAGGACUGAAGCACAAGCCUGCAAAUGUCCAGAUUGAAUCUCAUCCAUACCUCACCCAGGAGAAGCUGAUCAAGUACUGUCAGUCCAAAGGGCUGGCUGUGACUGCAUACUGUCCCCUUGGACGUCCUGACAGAUCAUGGGCUAAGCCUGAGGAUCCUUCCCUGCUGGAUGACCCCAAGAUCAAAGAGAUUGCAGCCAAGCACAACAAAACCCCAGCACAGGUUCUCCUUCGCUUCCAGAUCCAGAGAAACGUGAUUGUGAUUCCCAAAUCUGUCACCCCACAGCGCAUUGUGGAGAACUUCCAGGUGUUUGACUUUGAACUGACUAAAGAGGAGAUGGCAACUAUUCUGUCCUUCAACAGAAACUGGAGGAUUGUCCCUUUCAUUUCUUUCAGGUCCAAAAAUCUCAAGGAAUACCCUUUCCAUGCAGAAUACUGA